AUGGCCUACACUUCCGACAGUGAACCUUCGGCCAUGGGCUACGCGCAAGGAUUAGAAGGACAACCCCAAAGUCUAGCGUUAUCGGGGUUCGCUCCACAAGGCGAAGGACAAGGACCUUUGAUUUUAUCAAUGAUGAAUCAACCACAGCAAGAAGCAGCACAACAGCCUCUUGUGAUCUCCAUGAUGGGCCAAGCACCCCCGCCGCAGCAGGCUCCGCCACCAAUUUUCUUAUCUUUCAUGGCGCCGCCACAGCCCGAACCGCAACAGCAAUAUUCGCCGCUGAUCAUCUCGAUGAUGGGUGGUCAACAAGAUUCAUCUUAUCCGCAAGCGCCGAUGAUCCUGUCGUGCAUGAGCGGUGCCCAAGGCUACUCGGCCCAGCAAUAUGGUCCUGGUCUCUCGAAAAUGGGGGCUCCAGUAGCAGGUCAGCAGGGCACGGGUCUCUCAAGCAUGAAAAGUGGCGGAUAUCCGGGCGGUGCUGCCGGCGGAAUGCGGCUUUCCCGCAUGCAGACCGCAGGAUAUCCCGGAGUUGCUUCCGGGGCGGCCGGCGGGAUGCGUCUCUCAAGCAUGCAAGCUGGUGGAUAUCCGGGCGGUGCUUCCGGAGCUCGCCCUGGUGGACAUCCGGCUGGUGCUUCCGGAGCUCGCCCUGGAGCCGCUCCCAGUGGAGUUCCCGGAGGAGCUCCGAGCGGUCGUCCAGGAGGCCAUCCCGGUGGAGCCGCCGGAGUGCGCCCAGGCGGAGCCCAGAGUGGUGCCUCCGGGGCACGCCAAGGCGGUGCUCCCCCCGGAUUCGCUAAGGGUGUACCCCCAGGCGCAGUUGGGCCACAGGCUCCGAAAGGAUACCCUGCCGGAGCUCCGGGUGCUUCUCGAGGUCCCUCAGCGAGUCAAGCAGCAGGUGUCAAAGCAGCUCAGUCGGCCAUGAGUGCGAAGGCAGGCGGCAAAAUGGCACUACCCGCUGAACAGAUGACAGGAAAAUCGACGGACGCGCUCUCCAAGUCGAGAAAAGCAGCCGCUAAACUGCCAGAUUGGAUCAAGCCGAAAUAA